GGGCGCGUAACAGCAGCGAUGCCAGAUUUCUGCCGGCACCCAAGGGCAUUUCCAAACUUUCUCCAAAAAGUCCACGCGCCGCGGCUCUGCCGGACUAAUUACAGCCCAAACUUUCCCUAAUGAGCCGCCGCCAGUGUGUGCGGCACCGGCCGAGCGCCUGUGGGGUCGGGCGCAGGUGGGAUGUCGGUCAGUCGUACAGAUGUGAAGGUGUUCUCCGGAUCUCCCUCCCUCUCCAUCUCCCUGUGUUUUAUGUCUGCGUCACAACAAGUCGAAGGAGAGCGAGGCAGAGAUGAUGAUGGCGUCUCUCUCGGGCUGAUUCUCAUGCCGCUUCCCAGACAAACGCGCUCGAUAGCAUCAACCGAGAGACAGCGGGAGGAUGGGAACAUGAAGCAGAAGACAGACAGAGACAGAGAGACGGACGGACGGACAGACGGUUGCGCACUGACGGCUUGAGUGACGCGCGUUUGAUCCGCCGCGACUCUCCAAACGCGCCGAUUAUUCGGGACAGUGAUUGAGACGCAGAACAACACCGGGCAUCAGGCGUUUCAUGUGAGACUGACAUCUCUUCCCCGUCUCUGUGACCCCAACAGAGCAGAACACUUAACACAGGAUGGGGGGAGUCAGCGAAGGAGAGGACGUUUUAGCCAGGUGGAGCGACGGACUUCUGUACCUCGGCAAUGUCAAACGAGUGGACAGCGUCAAGCAGUGCUGUUUGGUCAGAUUUGAGGAUAACUCCGAAUUCUGGGUCCUCAGGAAAGACAUCCACUCAUUCUCUUCAGGUGGAGAGGAGGUGUGCUGUAUCUGUGAUGCUCCGCCCCUUAAAGAACCUCUCGUAAACUGCCUCAAAUGUCGCCACGGUUAUCAUCCAGAGUGCCACACGCCGCCCAUCGAACCUGAAGUUGACCCCAACAGCUGGAUAUGUCGCCAAUGUGUCUUCGCAGUCGCAACAAAGAGAGGGGGAGCGUUGAAAAGAGGACGCUUCGCGCGGCUUAUGCAGAUCAUGAAAGUGCGGCUGCCCUAUCAGCUGUCAUCUUUAGACUGGGACCCGCAGCACUUGACCAACCAGCAGCAGUGUUACUGCUAUUGCGCCGGACCUGGAGAGUGGAAUCUGAAGAUGUUGCAGUGUGGGAGUUGUGGGCAGUGGUUUCAUGAAGCUUGCACUCAGUGCCUGACCAAACCUCUUCUCUAUGGAGACCGCUUUUAUCAGUUCCAGUGCUCAGUGUGCACAAAUGGUCCAGAGACCAUCCAGAGGCUUCCAAUGACCUGGGUAGAUUUGGCCCAUUUGGUGCUGUAUCACCUCUCCCUGUGCUGCAAGAGGAAGUAUUUUGAUUUCGAUCAUGAAAUCAUGUCUUUUGCAAAUGAAAAUUGGGAAUCUUUGCUUCUUGGCACGCUGUCAGACACACCGAGGCAAGACCGUUGCCAAAACCUGCUCAAUGCUUUAAAUUCCCACAAAGACAGGUUUGUCUCGGGGAAGGAAAUAAAGAAGAAGAAAUGUCUCUUCGGUCUUCAAGUUCGGGCUCCUCCCCCUCUGUCAUCGGACCAAUCACCUUUCAUCGCCGAACAGCCAAUCAACAUCACCCACAGGAGAAGUCCCACGUCACUGCCCUGCCAGCGGAGAGCGGUGGGUCCGGAGGCCCGUAAAUCAAAGCGCCGGGUCACUGAGACACAGAGUUGUCCAACGGGAGUCGCGACAAACGCCAUUGACCUGGUGCCAUGCUGCCACGGUUAUGUGGAUGGAACAAGCCUGUAUAACCCUAGAAAACCAGAGGAAGAGAUGAGUUUGGGUUCACCUCCCAAGAGAAUGUACGCGCUCUAUCACCCUUCAUACAACGGAUCUCAGGACCUGUCUAGAACUCUGCAUCAUUACAGUGCAGAGGACCCUUGUCGACUUCCAGCCCCCUGCCUUCCAUUCUCUCUGUCCUCGGCUCACCCGACCGGACAGCGCUAUGAAAGCUGCCCGUCUCUCUUCCUGCAUGACGUGCCACCUUACCCCAGUACAGUCGGGAUGGGGGGUCCCACGCCGAUGGGGUGGGGCGGGAACGACUCGGUCAGGAUCCUGGCCAGACGCGUAACGGCGGACGGGAAAGUCCAGUACCUCGUGGAAUGGGGAAACGUGAGCGUGUACUGAGAACCUGCGCGCGGCAGAGGAAGAGGAAAGGGCUAGAGACAUCAAGAUGCAUCGUUAGGGUUUGCAUGGUUACGAGCAGAGGUGUGAAAGCAUCAAUGAGCAGGUGGGUGUUCAGGGGUCGGGAGAAGAAAACCACGUCGAGCAAAUCCAGGUUGAGCUACGCAGCAGCUUCACUCUGAGAUUAUACUGUUAAAUCUCUUACACUUUCUUUUACAGUGUCUCCUAUAUUUUGAAUACUGUUAGAAAACGCCUUUAGAAUGCCUUGAACUUUAUUAUCAUGAUUUGUAAUGCAUAAGCUAUUCAUCGCCAUCACAUGUUCUUUAUGUACAGUUUAAAUUUCAGGAAAGCUUCAUCGUGCGGUCACAUCAAUAAUUGUAAUAUUUCGACGACAGGGAAACGAGAGCUCCUCUAAAAAUAGUCCUUAGUCCAGGUUUAGUCCAAGUUAAAUGCGGUCCACAUAUGUGGCAUAUUGUUAAAUAAUAAUUUCCACUUACAAAAAUGUGGGUUACACUUAAAAUCUGUUACAAUGCUACAAAUGAACCCUGUUAAUUCUAUCGUAAGUGCUUCUAAAAUCUUGACAUUCGCAGCUUUUUAUGAUUUAUUUAUUUAUUUAUUUUUAUUUAAGAAAAUGUGGGAUUGACGUUACGCUGCAAAUGCUGUCGAAUUUGUGCUAAACCCUGAAUAUUCAUAUCAAAUAUCCUUCAAACUUUUUAUGAUGGGAGCCAGUCGAAACGUUCAAAAUGCAGUUAAUACCCGGUUACUAAUAUAAAUGUUAAAUAUUUAGAGGUAUUUUCAAGUAAUUGCAAAUUAUAAUAGUUGGUCAGCAUAUUUUAUCCAAAGGAGGAUUUUAAACGAAUAAGCGUACAUUUAGUUUAAAAUUAAAAGGCUGUUUUAAAAUCUUUAAACCCAUGUUAAAAUUGUGGAAACCUAUUUCUGACACGUAAGACAAAAAAUGUGCUUUGGUAAAUCUAAAAUACGAAAUUAAAAGAUAAAUAAACUAUAAAAUGUUGUACUUAUUAGAUGAGAUGUAACAACUAUGACAAGUCAAAAUGAUAACAUGCUGUAUUAAUAAGACAUACAUAAAUUACAUAGUACAAAUUACAUGCAUAGUGCAAAUUAUUAUGAGCUAUGUAUUAAGACCUAUUUAUAAUUGACAAAAAGUAAAAAUUAUGAAACGGUCAUAAUUAUGACAAACGUUUUAGUUAUACCGUAAAAUGAUUAUUAAUUAUGACCUAUCAUGUCAUAACUGACAUGAUGUAAAUAAUUGUUAAAAAAAUAGUGACAGAUAUCAUAGUUGUGAUAUAAAAAGUAAAAAAUGAUGUCUAAAUAAUUUGUAAUAAUUGUGACUUUUAUGUCAGAAUUGUGGCUUUCUACGUAAAGUAUGCUAACAUUUUUAUGUUAUACAAUUAAUAAUUUUAUUUCUUUAUGAGACUUUGCAUUUAACGAUUAUGAUUUGCAAUGUUCUUUUAUAUGUCACAAUCAUGACUUUUCAUGCCAUAACUGUGAUUUACCAAAGCAUGAUUUUUUUCUUACUACAUGUGGACUUCCAUAGUAACUCAAAUAGCUAAUUGCGUAUUGUUUUUAAAAAGUGCAGCGACAGAAAUACGAUUCAAGAUGGCAGAAACUAAAAACAUUUAUCAGGUCCAAUAAAGGUCAUUCUUUGCAGAUGCAGAUCAUUCUACCUGAAUAAAAGCGUGAGGCUGUUAGUCCUUAUGUGGAGCUCAUUUCAUCAGUGAAUGAUAAUGAAUGUAUCGUGUGUUUUUUUGUUUCAUAGUUUUUUUUUUUUUUUCAUGGUAUGUACUUGUUAGGUCGUAGAUGGACUGAUUUCAUGUCAGGGUGACAAGAAUUAGCAGACUGUAGUCUUUUUUUAUAGUCAAGUCUAAGUUUAAUUUGAUGUAUUCUUUGACGUUUUGUCAGAUUAUGUUUAUAUGUACUCUAGGUUGACACCUAAAAUGUAAACAAACAAUAAAAAAAGCAUUAUGUUGUA